ACCGUACUACUCGAAUACCCCUCGCCCCCGUCUCUUCUUUUCGCACAUUCUCAAGUUCCCUUCUUGCAGAGAUAUUAAUUUCUACCCGCGGGUUCGGGAUAUUCGCCGCAAUUACUAUUCCCGAUUAGCCGCUUUGCUGUAGAUCACCUUGGCCAACGCCUUUUUACUCCCUCCCUUUCUUUCUAGUAACACCAAUUCUUUUCAAUACAAGGUCCGACAUUCGCGAUGCCUAUCGUCGAUAUCCACACACAUGUAUACCCACCUUCAUAUAUGGAGCGUAUGUACAGUGCCUUCCUGCCCCUUGCGAUCUCGUGUCCUAAUGGAAAAUCCUGCAGUCCUCAAGUCCCGCUCCACAGUCCCCUAUGUCCGCUCAAUCCCUCCUACCAACUCCCCGAGGCUCUUUGUUUUGCCCAGCGAAGAUCCCCCCAGUACAACAUCCACAGGCCGUCCUAUUGGUCCCGAAUACUAUGAUAUAUCCCAGAAGAUUGCCUUCAUGGACACACAUAAUAUUGAUAUCUCCGUAAUCUCGUUAGCGAACCCGUGGCUGGACUUCCUCCACUCGUCCGGCGCCGCAGCCGCGGCGGAAGCGUUGAACAACGACCUCAGCGCCACAUGUGAUAAGUUUCCGGGCAGACUAUUCGCCUUCGGUGCCCUCCCUAUGUCCGCUUCCAUUGAAGAGAUCGUGUCUGUGAUUAAGCGGUUAUCCGGGAUGAAGUACAUGCGCGGGGUAGUCAUGGGCACAAGCGGAUUGGGGAAAGGACUCGAUGAUGAGAGAUUGAAUGGAGUUUGGGCGGCGCUGGAAGAGACUGGGCAAACCGUGUUUUUGCACCCGCAUUAUGGCUUGCCGAAGGAAGUGUAUGGACCUACUGGUGGGGAAGAGUACGGGUUUGUCCUUCCUCUAGCAUUAGGGUUUCCGCUCGAGACCACGAUUGCUGUGUCUAGGAUGUUGUUGUCAGGGGUUUGGGACCGAUAUCAAGGAUUGAGCGUCUUGCUUGCGCAUAGCGGGGGCACGCUACCGUUUCUUGCAGGCAGGCUGGAGAGCUGCAUUGCGCAUGACGGAAAACUGCUCAGAGAGGGCAAGAUAGCCAAUCGCCGGACGGUGUGGGAUGUUCUGCAGAAAAAUAUCCUCCUCGACGCGGUCGUGUACUCGGAAGUCGGUCUCAAGGCGGCCGUGGAUGUCGCGGGUGCGGACAGAGUCCUCUUUGGCACUGACCACCCAUUCUUUCCACCGCUGGAGAAGAAUGUGGAGCAAGAGAGGUGGCCGAGCGUUACGACAAACUAUAAGGCCAUCAAGGACGCUUUUGGCCCCGGGGAGAUGGAGAAGGUGGAGGGUGUGCUGGGCGGGAAUGCUGUGAGAUUACUACGGUUGGAGGUCUAAGCUGGGGGGCGGUUACAUGGAUUGUCACUCGUUGGCAGAACUUGGUGACUGUUGGAGGUCACACAGAAAAGCCCGCAGUGGAAGUACAAAGUGAUGGGACUGAUCAAGAAAUGAGAGAAAGAGAAAGACGGUUGUUCUUCUUGUUCUACAGAUACAUCUCAGAUUGCCAUACUUAUAGCAAUUUGUGGCAUGAAUAUACAUCGAUGUGACUCCA